CGACAACGCGUCGCGCUUGCGCCUGCCGAAUUUCGCGUCGGCGUCGAACCAAUUCACGUGCAAGUGCUGACAUCAUGCAAAUUGAAUGUUCCGCUCGUGCACGACUCGGUGAAGUAUGAACUGAUUGCGCCGUGAUCCAUUAUUCCAUCCUUACCGUUCGCCUUCCACUUAUUGAUUCUCAAGUGGGGAACUACUAGUUACAUAUACUCGUACGACAUCGAAAAAAGGGAAGAAACAUCCCGCAAAACUGGCGAACUUCUUCUGGCAAACGGCGCCCUCGACCGCGCCAUCCACUCCUCCCACUCCACCACCGUCAUCUCCAGCCAUGUCGCAGCCCUCGUCCAGACCGCAUCUCACACCGCAAUUCUGCUUUAACCAAACCGCUCUCCGAGACUUCCUCCGCCUCUCCCGCAGCACAAUAGACGACUCGAUAACGCAAAACCUCAACGCUCUUCACACCCCCUCCAGAUCCCCCUUCAACCCAUCCUCCACCUCCACCCGCUCUCUCACGCCACCAUCCUCCUCGCGCCAGAUCCCCGCAGAAACAUGCACAUCCUUCAAGCAAAAGGUUCUCUUCCCUUCAUGGGCCUCGCGGUCCGACGUGCUGGAUUACUGCGCCGGCGUCGCCACCUCGCCAGACCCAGAUGACCCAGAUAGUGUACUGCGGCAGAUUGAGGACGCGAAGGUGCGCGAGAGAGUUGUGGAUGAGAGGUUGGAUCCGUAUAGUGCGAGGUAUUUUCCGCAGGAAGCGAGAACAGAGAGCUUGGCGAUGCUGAUGCGGAAUGAGAGGACGGUGGAGAAGAUUAUAAGGAGCAGGACCUGGAGUUUGGUUGGGGAGAGGUGUGGGGAAGGUGGGAGUGUGGACGAGGCGUUCGAUGGGUGGAGGAGGGAGCAGGGGAAGGGAAAGCGGUAG